AAAAAAUAUCGAGUCUGCGAAGCAAGCUAGCUCUUAAGUAACGAUGCAGAUAAGAACGAUAGCAAUCAACGGCAUGGAAUGUAGAAAUGUGAUAAUUGUAGUAUUGUUUAAAUCAAUCUUCUUAUAGGUCGAGAACACGAAAAAUGGAAGAGAAGUAUAUUUUUUGUGAUAUUUAACUACUGACAAACUCCCUUUUAGUGAUAAAUCUUCUGUGCUUCAAUACGACAGAAAUUCUAUGUGGGGAAAAUGACAAAUUUGAGGCUUUUUCUUUCUAUUGUUUUUGGGUGUUGUGAUUGGUUGAAAACCUCAAGCUCAAAAGUAAACGUCUUAAGAAGCGACUUUUAGUUCAUAUUUUUUCACAAACAUCUCUCCAUAGGUUGAUACAUCCCCAGUAGAAAAUCUCAAAAUUCUGAUGUGGGGCAAGCGAUAAGCCGCAAAACAAUAGAAAGCGCUAUCGUUCUUAUUAGAGCAUUACUUAACAAGCAAAACAGGAGAAAUGGCAUUGAAUAUAAAAAAUUCGAUCAUAUUUAAUACCAUUUCUCCUAUAGUCAACUUAAUGAGCUAAAACUCGCGCUCUCACUAAUAUCGAGUUGCCCUUUUUUCUGGUGUUCAUUUUGACAACCAUUUUAAGGGGGUUGGGUCACGUGACCUGUUAUUGCAAAGGCCUAUCUUAAAGAGAACGUACGUUACUUCAGUGAAGAUAAUAAGCAUGAAAAAAUACAAAAACUAAGUAUGUUUUUGAGACAAAUUAUGAACAAGGGGUUGAAAGGAAGGAAAGCUCUGUCAACAAAAAAAUUUAAAUCUUCUAAAAAGAAUCGGGUGAUCAUUCGAGAAGAUUGAUGGUCCCGAAGAAAACGUAUUUUCAGUCACACUGCCGUUCAAAAUUGAUGUCGUAGCUGUAGUUAAAGCUCAAAUUUUCAUUCUGCUAUCAUUUUAAGGGAUCCCUCGGGGAUUGAAUUAAUUGACACCUUUAAGAGCUGCUGUUCCUUCUCGACUACCCUUCAAAGCAACAAGAGACUCCCUUGCAGUUACCAUGGAAACCAAACAUCGCACGGGGAAGCAUACCGCUGAACAGCCCAAAGAGUCACAUAGCAACGGAACAACCAUGAACGGGACGAGCCAAUCAGCUGCUUCUUCCAAAGAACGGCUGAACAAUGAGAAUGUGAACAUCUCUGGUGUCCCUGGGUUGAGUAUAAACAUCCUUGGCACCUUCAUGUUACUAUGGCCUCCCCUCUUCGUCUGGUAUUUUUGGCUCGCUUGUAACUCGUACCAGUGCUCUCUGGGCUCGCUCGGUCACGAGUUAAUGGCUCGCUUCCAGGAAGGUACGGUGCUCGAGUUUGUCAGGAAGAACAUCCCGGAAGUGACGACAGAAGCAAUAGUUGUCUUCACCUGUUGGAUGGUUCUUCAGGUCAUUUUGUACCUAGUCCUUCCCGGUAGAAAAGCUAAAGGUAACCCAACGCCAGCUGGUAAUGCGCUGCCUUACAACUGUAACGGAAUGAAUGCUUGGUUAGUCACUCAUGCCUUGUUUCUCGCUGGUGUUAAACUUGGUUACUUCAAGAUGUCCAUCGUCUACGAUCACUGGGGAGCUCUACUGGUGUUAGCCAACAUCUUUGGCUUCGCGCUGACAAUGUUAUCUUACAUCAAGGCGUUUGUUGCUCCCAGUCACAAGGAAGACCGCUGCUUCAGUGGAUCGUUUUUCUAUGAUCUAUUUAUGGGAGUGGAACUAAACCCUAGGAUAGGAGACUUUGACUUUAAGCUCUUCUUUAACGGACGUCCAGGAAUAGUAGCCUGGACGCUUAUCAACUUGUCGUUCGCCGCCAAGCAGUACGAAAACCUGGGCUACGUCACUAACUCCAUGUUGAUUCUGAACAUCCUCCAAGCAUUUUACGUCAUUGAUUACUUCCUGAACGAAGUCUGGUACCUGAGAACCAUCGACAUUGCGCAUGACCAUUUUGGGUUCUACCUCGCCUGGGGUGACAUGGUGUGGCUUCCAUUUAUGUACACGCUCCAAGCCGUCUACCUUGUCUAUAAUCCCGUCAAUCUACCACUUUGGGCGGCAGCUGGAGUCUUCAUACUAGGUAUGGCUGGCUACUUCAUAUUUAGGUCGGCGAAUUCACAGAAGGACUAUUUCCGCGCGCAAAUCAAGAAGACUGGGCAGUGCGUUAUCUGGGGUAAGCCCGCAGUGUACAUUCCGGCGGAGUACAGUACAUCCGAUGGCGAGGUUAAGAAGUCUUGUUUACUCGCUUCUGGUUGGUGGGGGAUAUCGAGGCAUUUUAACUAUGUUGGUGAUCUGAUGAAUUCCCUGUCCUAUUGUCUUGCUUGUGGUGUCAGUCACAUGUUGCCGCAAUUCUAUUUUGUUUAUAUGACGAUCCUAUUGGUUCACCGCGCCUUCCGUGAUGACGUCAAGUGUAAUCAAAAGUACGGCCCAUUUUGGAAGAGGUAUUGCCAAAAGGUUCCUUACAAGAUCAUUCCAUAUGUGUUCUAGAUACAUCUGGGUAUGGAACAAUGCUCAAGAAUGAAAACAGGGCAGGAAAAUUGAAUUGAUUGAGAGGAAAAGCGCACUCGUCGUCAGAAAUUGAUUUAUCAAACUAAAUUGACCUCUUCACCUUGGACGUAAUGUUUUCCCAUUUCAGACCACGUGUCCUUCUUAUGAGAUUAAGAUUCUUCGUUUCAAAGGUAUCAAUGUUCAUGUGUCUUCUCAUGCGCAACCGUUAAACAAAAAAUAAUACUCAAGGAAAUGACAGGUGGUUUAAAAUGGGAAAACAUUACGUCCAAGCUAAAGAUAUAUAUUCUGAAUGAUGCAUUGAUAGUUUGCAAGCAUAUCCAAGAGAGUCAAAUGAUAAAGGCAUGGCGGCCGUUUUGGUGGUAUAAAAGGAGGCAAUUGGCAUUAGGGACUUUAAGAUUUGCAAAAUCUACGACGGCGACGUCAACCGGAAGUGUAAAUAAUUUCUCUUUGGGGUUCUGUUCAUUGGAGAUUUCAUUCAAAACAUUAUGUUAGUAAAGUCAACUCAUCCACAGGGAAGACAGAUUUUAGACUCGAAAUCCCAAAGCGAAAUAAUUUACGCUUCCGGAUGAAGUCGCCGUUGCAGAUUUUGCAGUUCUUAAAGUCCUUAAUACCACCAACAUGGCGGCGAUGGCGUAACUUGCAAACAAAGAAUAAUGCAUUUCAGACUGAUAUUUUUAAAGAACAGAAAACCUCAUUCUAAAAGGUGUUGAAUUGGAAAAUUCAUGUGAAUAGUCCCCUUCAUAGUUCCCUGCGCCAUCUUAAAAGGUCACCAUGCCUUUGCAUCGAAGCGAGACGAACCGUGAGCUUGCAAUGAUAGAGACCUUUUUUAGCACCUUGAAC